AUCCUCUGUCGUCUCGUUAUAAGUGAUUGUACUUUACAAGAACGAGGAGGGGGACGGUAUCUAUAUUUAGAGACAUAUGAUUGCGAAAUAUUAAAUGUUUUUAUCGGCUACGAUAUAUAUCGCGAUAAUAAAUUUCUAUAAUCUGACAGAAAUCUGUGUCACGCUUGACUCACGCUUAAUCUGUCUCAUUUUGUUACUCUUGUCAGAAAUAUUCAGAAUACGCGUGUAAAACAAAACGCGCGCGCCAUAAGACCUAUUGUGCUCCGCGUGUGAUAAAAGCAACGCACAGUGUUCCGAAAUAUUUCUGUGAUCGAUGUUUGCUUGAGUAAACAAAAUUUCGUAGACGUACGUAGAAUAUCUAUGGACGGAGUUAUAUGCAAUCGCAUAGAUCCAUUUGACACCUGCCGAAUUACAUAGGGCAUGGCAAGUUCAUGCUUCAGUGAUGUGGACGAAUAUGGUUUCGAACGACCACGCGAUUUCGAUUAUGAAACUUAUGAAGAUUUUAUGUCAGAGUACCUUAAGGUUCUUGCAAAAAUGGCCAAGAAAUGGGCAAAAAUUAUUGGCGAAGGAAAAUCAUUACAGCGAAGCAUUACCAUAAAGAGAUAUGUUCGUAAAGGCAUUCCAGGAGAACAUAGAGGAUUGGUAUGGCUCGCUGUGAGUGGCGGAGAAGAAAUAAGAAAUACAUCGCCAGAACUUUAUAAAAAAUUAUUGCAAUCUCCACAUAAUACAGAAAUUGUUGAAAUUAUAAAAACUGAUCUCCCAAGAACAUUUCCAGAUAAUAUAUUCUUUAAUAAUACAGAAAAUCAACAACAUCAAUUAUAUAAUAUAUUAUUGGCUUUUGCUCAUCAAAACAAAACUGUUGGAUAUUGUCAGGGUUUAAACUACAUAGCAGGUUUACUUUUGCUUGUAACAAAAAGCGAAGAGACAGCAUUUUGGUUACUAAAAGUAUUAAUUGACAAGAUCUUACCAGAUUAUUACACACGUACUAUGGAUGGUUUACUUACUGAUAUCGAUGUGCUCGCAGAAUUAGUAAGGAUGAAAAUGCCUGAUAUUUAUCAACAUGUAACAAACUUAGGAUUGCCUUGGGCAGUAAUUACAACAAAAUGGUUUGUGUGCUUAUUCGCAGAGGUCUUACCUAUAGAGACUACUUUACGUAUUUGGGAUUGCCUCUUUUACGAGGGUACCAAAAUUAUCUUCCGCGUUGCAUUGACGCUUAUAAAAAGGAAUAGAUCUAAUCUGUUAGCUUGUCAAGAUUUUACAACAUUAGCUGAAUGUUUCAAGGAAAUAACAAAAGACAGUAUUGUUUUACGAUGUCAUGAAUUUAUGCAGAGUAUUUUUAAAGUACCUGGAUCACUGCCUGGUAACACAAUAGCAAAACUAAGAACAAAAGUAACGCAACAACGUAUAGAACAAAAGCAAGAUAAGCUAGAACGAUAGUAGUAUUGAUCAAAUUUUUCACAUACACCGAAAUAUUCUAGUCAUUAUGUUAUUCAUUUGCAUCUUUUGCAAAAUGGGUGCAUGUAAAAUUGUAUUAUAUAUAUUUUGUUAUUGCAUAAUUAUUCUAUGCUCUAUUGUUGUAAAUACAACGUUUCAAGGAAAUUUAUUUAGCCAUGUAAAAAACUACAGAUGACACAUCUUCUCAAUUACUUUAAAUUUAUUUUAGCUUAUUAUUGUAUAUACAAUAUAAUAAAAAAACGAAAA